AUGGGAGUGGAGAAGCAAUUGGUGAGGCCUGGCACUGGUCCCAAGCCACUUCCUGGUCAAAACGUCACCGUUCACUGCAUUGGUUUCGGGAAGGAUGGAGACCUUACUCAGAAAUUUUGGAGCACAAAGGAUCCUGGCCAGUCCCCUUUCACCUUCAAAAUUGGUCAAGGUUCUGUCAUAAAAGGAUGGGAUGAAGGUGUGAUUGGCAUGCAGAUUGGGGAAGUUGCUCGGCUUCGGUGCACUCCUGAUUAUGCUUAUGGUUCUGGUGGCUUUCCUGCUUGGGGAAUUCAGCCCAACUCUGUCUUGGAAUUUGAAAUCGAAGUCUUACAUGUGAAAUGA